AAAGAUUUUAAUUAAGUUAACAAGAAUGUAAUUAGCCUUUAGUAUAUAAGUGAAUUUAAUUUAUAAUGAAUUUAUAGAUGACUUAUAUAGAUAAGAAUAACAUUGGAUCCUAGAGAUAAACCCUAAAUAAAUACAUUUGAAUUAGUUGAAGAAGUUUCGAGUCUCAAUAUAUAGAUACCAAAACCUCUUGUUUAAUAUGCAUAUGUUUAAUCAUAAGAAUAUAGAAAAUGCGAAAGCAUUGAAAACGAUGAUAAACAAAAUGUAAUUUAAUAACAAGAAGGAACUUAAUAAGAUUCUAAUUAAUAGAAAACUUCACAAAAGGAAACAGAGAAUGGGGGUUUUUAUAUGA